AUGGAAACCAUAUACGAUGAAAUCGAGAUCGAGGACUUUACCUUUGACCCGGUGACUCAGCUUUUGCAGUAUCCAUGUCCAUGCGGGGACCGGUUUGCUAUAGCCUUGGACGAUCUUCGAGACGGCGAGAACAUUGCAGUUUGCCCGAGCUGCUCAUUGAUGGUUCGUGUGAUUUUCGAGCCUGAAGACCUCGACGAUUUUGAGUGA